CGCUCUGAUAUUUCGUGAAACACGACUUAACACACAACAGAACCCUGACGGAAACACAAUAACACGCAGGCAUACACACAACAGACAACAUCUGUAACAUCUGCAGGACAAACGGCACACCUCAGUUUGACACAGACAGGAAGUGAAACAUGUGACCUCAUCCUGAAUCUGUUUGUGCUUCAGAUCAUCUCCCGCUGUGAUGUCACUCUGCUUCAGGAAGUCAGAGACAGUAAAGAGAAGGCUUUACCACAGCUGAUGAACCGGCUCAACAGAUAUGACGCUGACCACAAGUAUCAAGCGGUGUCCAGUGAGAGACUCGGCAAGGCGGGCUCUUCAUACCAGGAGCAGUACGUGUUCGUCUACAGGGCUGGCUCGGUGUCGCUCACAGGUCAGUAUCAGUACCCUGACGAUCGGCCCGGAGACGUCGACGCGUUCUCCAGAGAACCUUUUGUCGUUCGGUUCAAAGCUCCAAGAACAGUCAUCAAGGAGUUUGUGCUCAUACCUCAGCACACGUCUCCAGAAAACACCACCAAGGAGCUGGACGCCCUGUACGACGUCCUGCAGGAGGUCAGGAGGAUGUGGAAGACCGAGCAUGUGAUGCUUCUCGGGGACUUUAACGCUGACUGUGGUUACCUGGCUAAGAAGAACAGGAAGUUUGUGCGUCUGAUCACAGAUAAAAACCUCUUCUGGCUCAUCAAUGAUAAAACUGACACCACAGUGAGAAAGUCCACGUCCUGCACCUACGACAGGAUCGUCGUGCACGGGGAAACGUUUGCCAGAGCGAUUAUUCCUUUGUCAGCGAAACCGUUUAACUUCCAGACGGCGUACGGCCUCAGCGAGGACCAGGCUCUGGAGGUCAGUGAUCACUACCCCGUGGAGGUCCUGCUGAAGAACAACAAAAUGUCCGAUAGUGGCGGCGUGAGGAAGAGCGUGCAUCCGUUUGUGUCUGUGUUCCUGCUCGGCCAUCUUGUCUUCAGCGUGUUAGCACGUUAGUGUUACUCUCACCUGGAUUCUUUUUCUCCUCACUCUGAGGACCAUCAUGGACUUAAAGACUCACCGACACAUGGAGUCAAAGAAAUCCCAGCAGCAGACUCUCCACAAGGGGGAACUCCUUCAGUCAGGACAUAAACAGGAGAUAUUCAUGAUGACAUCAUGAGUUCAUUUCUCUGAGUUAAGAGAGAGGACGACGUUCACGAGCGCCGUCAUGUUUCAUAUAAAGAAACCGGUUUUUAUUUGAACUGUCAGACAGCUGAUGUCAUCACAGUGAGACCCGCUCACCAACGUUCACUCACUUUGUGUUUACCUGCUCGUUGUUCAGAAACGUUUCAGUGUUCAAUAUUUUUGUAGAAAGAUGAUGUUCAUGGAGUCAGAAACAUUUCCAUUUCUCUUUUAUAAGUCGGGUCAGCUGGCAGUUUGUUCCUCAGAAUCAGAUCAAACGCUCUCUCUUCACUUCCUGCUGAAGCACCAAUCACUUGCCGGCACGCCUGAUGAUGCAGUGACAUCAUUCAUCAUGUCUCUGACUCCAGACCUCUCUGAUUGGUCCUCUAGAAGAUGCUCAGACACAGAGAGGACGUGGAGAUACGCACGCUGUAAAUACUCUGAUGUUCAUGAAUAUAAUAAAUCUGUCACUCACUCA